GAGAGAGAGAGAGAGAGAGAGAGAUAGAUAGACAAAUAAAGGAGGCUAGAGAGAGAGAGAUAGACAAAUAAAGGGUGAUGGGCCUGAGAGCAAAGGCCAGUGAAGGCUGGGGCAUGGGUUUCCUCUUCGUUUUCUUCCCCGACGACGAUGCCAUUAUCGACAAGAAAACCGACCCCUUCUCUUCUUCUACAUUACCAUCUUCAUCUUCUUCUUCUUCUUCUUCUUCCUUCAAACCCAUCACCACUCUCAGACGCUCCACCUCAACCCUCAUUUUCUCCCGAGCCCAAUCCACAAUCUCCAUCUGUGCCCUCCUCAUCUUCCUCUCUCUCCUCAUCUUCACUCUCUCCACCUUCGAACCCUCCACCUCCAUCUCCUCUCACUCCACUUCUCGAAGACACCUCUCUUCAUCAAUUCGCAUCUUCAAUCGCAAUUCCCAAGUAAAAACUUCACUGCCAUCAUCAGUACAUGCCUUGCAAGGAUUGGGUACUCUGUACAGAAGAGGCACAAAGGCCAUGAAUGACCUCAUUGUAGCUCAUAUUACUGAGUCACUCCCACCACACGAACUUCGAAUGUUUUUCAGAGCCUUACAUAGAUCUGGACUCACUUCCAGAUCAGACCUUGUUUUCAUAUACCACUCAAAACCCAAUUCAUCUGACAUAGAAGCCAUUCGUGAAGAGAACGAAUCAUUCUUGAAUGUCAUGACUCGGUAUGAGGAAUCAAAUUUUACCGGUGUGGACUUGGGGGCGAGUUUUGAUGUAACCCAGUUCGUGAAAUCGAGCAAAAGGGAGAAAGAAGCGGGAGAACCAAUAUGGGGUCGAAGAAAUCGAAGCAAUUUCAGCGAAGAAAGUGAGACUGAGUUGGCUCAGUUGAGUUAUGGCUCGGUGGUGGGUUUUGAGUUCGACGAGCUCGACCCGGAGAACUCGCUGGCUGGGUUUCUAGACCAUGUGCCACUGAGUUUGAGAAGAUGGGCUUGUUAUCCAAUGCUACUGGGGCGAGUUCGCAGAAAUUUCAAGCACGUGAUGCUGGUGGAGGUGAAAGAAAUGUUAGUACUCGGUGACCCACUUGGCCGGGUCAGGAAUCGGAGUCCCGAGUCAGUGUGUUUGUCAACAGUGUCCGAGACUACUUAUAAUACCCAUGGAAAAAAGAACUCGGUGAAGACUCGGUCCCACAAUCAAGAACUGGUUAACCCGGCAAUCAUAGUGGGCGGAACUCGGGGGGUUCGACGAUUAUCGAACGCAAUGCUAACGGAGAUUGUUCGAGUCACGACUCAACAACACAAGCGAAAGAACUCGGUUUCGGACUCGGGAGUCUUUAAUAAACUCGUGGGCAAUGGGUUGAUAUUGAAGAAUGUAAAUUUGAUAUCAUCGUGAAUCCCGGACACGAGUCACUCACUGGGUUGAACUUGAGCUCAGGUUUUUCUUUUUGACUAGAUCAAAUUACUGAUAUAGUAGAUCAUAAUAUUGUCCAUUAGAUCUAAAUUCUUCUGUUUAGUUGAAUGGUCAGUAGAUAAAGUAAAAAAGGAAAUUACAAUUAGAAAGUUAUAACUUUUUUAAUUCUACAAUUACUGUUCAUAAUGUACUAUAUACAUUUGUAAAAUUGAAUUUGUUUCAAUAAAUUCCUUAUAUUUUGUUUGGUGGUA